AGUUCAUUGCAGCUGAAAGUGCGGAGAGGUCGUAUUGCCCGAAUGUUUUUAGAGCAAAGAUAAUGGGAUCACAGCCACCACCAAAACCCUGGGAAAGACGGAUCCCGGGAAAUAUAAGUGCCCCGUCCUUCCAAUCUGCUGAUUUGGUAUCUGGCCUGCCUGCAAGACAAGGACAGCCUGUUGUUGCACGAAUUCCACCUCCUGUUCCUCCAAGAGCAUCGCAACAGACUGGCGUUGGCAACCUCAGCACUUAUAGAUCAGCCUAUAACACCUUCUCUCCAGCAUACACACCAUACGGAAGCUCUUUAUAUGGAGGCUAUACCCCUUAUAAUUAUGGAUAUGGAGGACUUGGCUAUAACAGGUUUCGAACAGAUGAUAUACCUCCCAGUAGGUUUGUACGCCAGGCAGAAGAAAGCAGCAGAGGAGCAUUUCAGUCUAUUGAAAGUAUUGUCCACGCAUUUGCUUCUGUUAGUAUGAUGCUUGAUGCUACUUUUUCAGCCGUUUACAACAGUUUCAGAGCAGUCUUGGAUGUUGCUAAUCACUUUUCCAGACUCCGGGUGCAUUUUACUAAAGUUCUGUCAGCAUUUGCAUUGAUCCGAACUUUGAAGUAUUUGUACAGGAAGCUACAAACAUUGCUUGGCCUACGGAACAACUCCGAGGUUGAAGAAUUAUGGGCAGAGAGUGCUGGUUCCGUGCUUCCAGCUGGAGCUGAAGACAGGUUACCUGGGUCAGGCAAAUCUUGGCCCAUUUUUAUGUUUUUUGCGGUUGUUCUCGGAGGUCCUUAUCUCAUAUGGAAAUUACUAAGCUCUGCUACUUCUGAACCAGAAUCAACAAGUUGGGCAAAUGGAGAUGAUGAUCAUAUUGUUGCAAGAGCAGAGUAUGAUUUCACUGCUGGGACAGAAGAAGAGCUCUCAUUUCGUUCAGGUGAUCUGCUCAACCUGGCACCCAAAGAACAACAGCCAAAAGUGCGUGGGUGGUUGCUGGCCUGUUUGGAUGGCCAAACAACUGGAUUAGUGCCGGCUAAUUAUGUCAGAAUUUUAGGUAAAAGGCGGGGCAGAAAGCAAGUGGAGCUGGAAAGCAUUGCAAAGCAACAACCACAGAGACAUGGUGAUUCAACAGCUGCAGGAACCUCAUUCAAGGAACAGCAGGCAGUCUUUGAAUCUGCUUUUUCUGAAACAUCAAAACAAAAUAUGGAUUCUGGCACUAUAGAAUCUGUAAAUACUGGGAAAGAUAUAAUGAAUGCCUGAAAAUAUAAAUUUUAAUAAGGUUGAUCCUUCCCUACCUGCCUUCUGCUCUAUUAAAUUCUAUUCAUAGGUUUUAAGCUUCUGGUGUACUAUGUCUUUCAUUCUCAAUCUAGUAACAUAUUCUUGGAUUAAAGAAUUUGGAAAAUUAAUUUAAGUGUCACCACUAUGUAUCCUUUUCCUGAUCUACGUGCACCAGAUAAAUAAUGUACAUGAGGACAAAUAAUUAAUGGUUAGUAAAAUUUUAAUUUUGGCUUAAGAUUUCCACAGCUGUGGGUUGACUGUCUAAAUACGUUGUUUCUUAAGGGAGAUAUGGAAUUGAUUCAAUUGGCAGUGGAUUGUUACAUUGGUAUAAAUCAAAGCUUACUGCUUGUGUAAUAUUUGAACACUCAGGGUUUAUUGGUGUUUGUGUAAUUAGUAAUAUUCCUGUAAUUUUUGUAAUACAGGUUGUGAUGCACAGUCUAUUGAUUAAAUUAACCGGAUCAUUAAACCACAAUAUCCAUAAACUCAGAAGUUAAAAUGGACAUGGCGAACAUGCAUUUUUAAGCUGUUGACAAAAUGCAGAAGAGAAAAUAUUGUCUGAAUUAAUUAAAUAACCAUGAAAUUUGUACUAAAAUUUGGCAGAAUAUUGUGAUUUAUAGCAAUGUUCCAACAAGGAGAAAUUGUUGGUUAAGAAAACUUGUAGAAUCUUCUUGUUUUCAAGGCUCAUGAUAAAGGCUGAAAGGUAGUGUAAUGGAAUGGAUGUGACUAGAUGUAAGUAGUAAAUGAUUAAAUAUAAUUGUAAAAUAAUUAAAAAUAAUAGGGAAGUGCUUCUGAAAAAUAAUCAAGUUGUGCAAAUGGAGAUCAUUACAUUGGAAGAGCAGAGGAUGAUUUCCCAGCUGGGUCACAAGAGAUUUCAUUCCUUUUGGUGAUGUACUCAUUCCAUUAAAAACUGGUCUUUUCAUGUCUACAUGCAACUUGGGAUUCAUAACACAAACAUUAUUACUAUAUAAUUAGUCAAUAAAACUUGCACAGUCUUGUUUACAUUGUGGAAGUUUAUACAUAUUUAAUGUCUUGCCCUCCCAUUUUAUCAUGUGUCAGAGCUCCAUGCAUUUUCAAGGGGAUGAUGAAAGUGCAUUGCACAAAAGAUGUGCAGCAAAGAUAACAUGGUCUUGUUAAAUUAGGUCUGUGAGAUGUUUAAAUAUGUAUACAUUUCAUCCAUAUAACGUUAUUCCCAUCUUAUUAUCCCCAUGAUACUAAACAAAUAUACCUGAACCCAAUAUGAUGUGCAUGUAGAUUAGGAGGAUCAGUGUUCUGAUGUUAAUGCAGCUGGGAAUCUGUGAUGGGAUUGACCUCCAAGCUCUUGUGUUACUGUACAGGUGAACAAUAGACGAAGAUUCUGAGGCUUGGGUAUGAAUCUAAGAGGUAAUUCUGAUUACUGUUAAGAUAUUUGCCCAAAAUUUUCACAAAAAUAGACAGCUACUACACAUGGAAUUGGCAGAGUUAAUUUCAAAACGUGAAAACUCUGGAUCACCCUCAAACCUGAUAAGUCCGCUGCACUCCUAAACUUUUCAUGAGUUUAGCACUGGAGUGUCAACUUGUUACAGUUUCUCAUCAGUAAUGCUUAGAAAUCUGCCAGCUGAAUUUGUGGAAUGUUGCAACCUCAAUGAUUAUUGAUUUCAAUAGAGAUGAACAGCUGCAAGGGUGUUGGUAACUGUUUUUGUGAAUUGGAAUCAUUUAAAUUAUUGUGGCUUUUCUAGUGUCAAGUUUUUAUCAUAAUUUUAAAGUUUGAAGGUCAGACAUUCAUGAAAGAUGUUUUGUGGUUUUGACGACUAAUGGGAGUGUGGUAUCUCCAGCUAUAGGAACUUUUCUGUAGGAUUUUUGAUUUUGCAGUGGAUGGUUGGUGAACUUCUGCAGGGAAAUGUAAUAGCCCUUGCUUAGUAAACAAAGUUGUGAAACAGUUGAAGACUAGUAAUUACUUGACCUGUUUUACCACAUCAUUUACUAGUGCAGUUUUCAAUCUGUUUUUUAAUUGUGUAGUAGAUGAUCAAAGCAUUUGAUGUGAAUACUUUUAACAUUAUUUCUCAGAUACAAAGGUAACACAAAGUAUAAUUUUAACAAAUUACUGGUUUUAAAAAUAAUACUUUUCCGAAAGAUUUUCUUUGCUAUCGUACAAGGCAUACUACAGAAAUGUUGAGGUAUCUUUAGUUAAAUUCCAGACAAAUUCUGAACUUCAUGAAAAAUCUGUUAAUGUACAAAAUUAUGGGUAUUCUAAAAGUAAGUUUCAUUAAAAUGAUCACCAAAGUAUAAAUGGAGUAUGUUGUACAGUUUUUUGCCUGCAUUUCAAAUCCCUUAAAUAUCUUAAUGAUACUUGUCAACAGCUGCGUGCAUUCGCUAUUGUUGUGCUUUGAACUGAUGUAUUUGAGUGUUCAGUAAUGCAUGAGGGCAAUUUAUGCAGAUUAUCUAGAACCCAUUUUGAGAACACAUGCAAUUAUUUGUGUAAUAAAAGUAAUUUGCCACAAAAAUAAGGGUCUUGUGAGUUACAAACUUUUAAAAUACACUUGGCUUCAAUUUCAUUUGCAGUCAUUUCAUUUUCUUUGACAAUAAAAGUUUUUAAAUUAGUGAAAAAGUCUAUCAUCUGCAAAGAUGACAAUAUUGGGAAUAACUUACAGUGCAAAUUAGCUUUAGAACAAUCAAACUCAAGUGGACAGUUAGAUCAUUUGAAGAAUAUGCAUUUUCUUUGAAACUAAAAUGUGUUUACUACAGUAAUGUGAAAUUUAUAGAGGUAGAAAUAACAUGCAUUUUGCAUUCAAAGGAAAGAUCAAUUUGAGUACUUGGUCAUAUUUAAAAUUAUUGUACAAUGUACUAACAUCAAUAAAACUAUUUUCUCAGAAAUAUUAUUGAAGAUUAUUUCAAUAAUGCUGUCACAUGGUCAUAAUCACACAAAGGAGAAUGUUCCAAAAACUUGUAAUAAUGG